GUCGGCGGCGGGGAUCGCGGCAGACCCGGCCCGGCCAUGGACGAGCAAGCGGGUCCUGGCGUUUUCUUCAGCAACAACAACAAUAAUAACGCCUUACUCCUACCGCCGCCGGCGGGCGGGCCGGGGCUGGAGCCGGGCGAGGCGGCGGCAGCAGCGGCGGCCGCAGCGGCAGCAGGAGGAGGAGGAGGCGGCGCGGCGGGGGUGGAUACGCUCGCCGCCGCGCCGUUGUCGGCGUCCCGGGCUCAGUACAGCGUGCCGGGCAUCUUGCAUUUCCUGCAGCACGAGUGGGGCCGCUUCGAGGCGGAGCGCGCCGAGUGGGAGGCGGAGCGGGCGGAGCUGCAGGCCCAGAUCGCUUUUCUUCAAGGGGAAAGGAAAGGACAAGAAAAUCUGAAGAAGGAUCUAGUGCGAAGAAUCAAAAUGCUGGAAUAUGCACUUAAACAGGAAAGGGCUAAAUAUCACAAAUUAAAAUAUGGCACAGAAUUGAAUCAGGGAGAUAUGAAGCCACCAAACUAUGAUUCUGAUGAAGGGAAUGAGACAGAGAUUCAGCCACAACAGAACAGUCAGCUAAUAUGGAAACAAGGACGACAGCUUCUGAGACAAUACCUACAAGAAGUGGGCUACACCGACACGAUAUUGGAUGUGAAGUCAAAGCGAGUACGAGCUUUACUGGGCCUCUCAAGUGAUGCUUCAGAGAAGGAAAACAGAAAUCAAGAGCCGAUGGUAAAUGGCACUGAGGUUCAGAUUAAAGAAAACGCAAUGAUUGGGAAACCUGAAUUGACUGACUCUGCCUCUCUGCUAGAGACCUUCAAAUUUCUUGAAAAUGCAGCUGCAGACUUCAGUGAUGAAGAAGAUGAGGAAGAUAUUGAAGGACGAGAGAAAACAAUCAUUGAUACCGCAACAAUUGUAAGGAAAAGAGUGCUAUCUGACAGCAGUGAAGACAGAGAUACAGAAGAAGCUUUGAAAGAGUUUGACUUUUUGGUUACCUCAGAUGAAGGUGAUGGGGAAUCGAGAAGUUCAGGAGAUGGAACAGAUUGGGAAAAGGAAGACCAGUGUCUCAUGCCUGAAGCUUGGAAUGUCGACCAGGGAGUAAUAACCAAACUCAAGGAACAAUACAAAAAGGAGCGCAAGGGGAAAAAGGGGGUGAAGAGGCCCAACAGGUCAAAGCUGCAAGAUAUGCUUGCAAACUUGAGAGAUGUUGAUGAUCUCCCUUCAUUACAGCCAUCUGUUGCACCUUCUUCUAGGCCCAGUAGCUCAAGGCUCAUUGAACACGAAAUAAACCGGACAGAUGAAGUGGAAGCUUUAACAUUCCCUCCUUCUUCAGGGAAAUCUUUUAUUAUGGGAACAGAUGAAGCCCUUGAAAACGAGCUGGGUCUUGGAGAACUGGCAGGCCUUACAGUAGCCAAUGAGGCAGAUUCGCUGACCUACGAUAUAGCAAACAAUAAGGAUGCAUUGAGAAAGACUUGGAACCCCAAAUUCACAUUAAGAAGUCACUUUGAUGGAAUAAGAGGUCUUGCUUUUCAUCCGGUUGAACCAGUCUUAAUAACAGCUUCAGAGGACCAUACAUUAAAAAUGUGGAAUUUACAAAAAACAGCCCCAGCAAAAAAGAGUGCUUCUCUUGAUGUAGAGCCAAUAUAUACCUUCAGAGCACAUAAUGGACCAGUGCUCUGCGUGGUGAUGAGCAGUAAUGGUGAACAGUGUUACAGUGGGGGAAUGGAUGGGCUCAUCCAUGGCUGGAGUACAACCAACCCGAACAUUGACCCCUAUGACUCUUAUGAUCCUUCUGUUCUAAGAGGUGCUUUUGUAGGCCAUACAGAUGCAGUGUGGGGUCUGGUUUACAGUGGAGCGCACCAGCGUUUGCUGUCCUGUUCAGCAGACGGUACUAUACGUCUAUGGAAAGCUACAGAAAUUGCUCCAGCUCUCAAUAUAUUUAAUGAUAAUCAAGAAAUGGGAAUCCCUUCAUCAGUAGAUCUCGUGAGCAGUGAUCCAAGCCUCAUGGUAGCAUCAUUUAACAGUGGACACACUAGCAUUUUUAACAUGGAGACACGGCAACAAAUUCUUACCCUGGAGUCCAAUGUGGAUACUACCGUCAGUUCCUCCUGUCAGAUAAACAGAGUCAUCAGCCAUCCAACUCUUCCAAUUAGUAUCACUGCUCAUGAAGACAGACACAUCAAAUUCUACGACAACAAUACAGGAAAACUGAUCCACUCCAUGGUAGCUCACUUAGAUGCAGUUACAAGUUUAGCUGUUGAUCCUAAUGGAUUGUAUUUGAUGUCUGGCAGUCAUGACUGUUCGAUUCGCUUGUGGAAUCUUGAAAGCAAGACCUGUAUCCAAGAAUUUACUGCUCAUCGCAAAAAAUUUGACGAGUCCAUUCAUGAUGUGGCAUUCCACCCCUCCAAAUGUUAUAUUGCCAGUGCAGGAGCAGAUGCCCUGGCUAAAGUGUUUGUAUGACAGAGUGCUUCCCUUUCAACUCUAGCUUUGUAUAUAUUUAACCAGCUGCACAAAAGAGAAGAGAAGGGCGUGAGUCUUCUUAUCCUGCCCUGUAAUUCAGAGAAUGUUUGUAAGUGUUUAGUUUUGCAGGGUGCUGUUUUCUAAAUUGACGUUUGUUCUGGUUUCUGUGAGCUCAGCUGGUGCUGAGAGCUUGGAAACUCUCAGUUUCAAAUAGUUAAAAAACAAAAGAAAUGCUUUUAUUUCAGAGGGUGUGAAUUUUCGUCCAGGCAGGCCUUGGGUGAAACUAGGUCUAUGUAUUCUUUGUUAAUAAAAUGGAGUACUGGAAAGAAGGGGUCUAAUUGCAUCAGGGAGUAGGAAAAGAGGGAAGCUUCCUGGGAUACUUCUCACUGAGGAAUCUUAAUGUACUUAAAAUUGAAUCACCUGGAAAAAGUGUCAGUUCACAUGCUCAUUGGUGUGUCAUGUGAGAGGCACUUUGUCAUCCCUUUGGUAUAAAUAAAGGAAUCUUGUUCAGAAAGCAGUAGUGGAUAGUUAGUCUCAGCCACCUGGCUGCUAGCCUAAGAUAAAUGCAGUUAAAGGAAAGCAAAUUACUAACAUAAAUAAAAAUGCAGUAACGUUUUUGUUACAUCUUCUGUGUUAUACCUUAAAUAUUUAGUUUGCAAAAAAAUUUAUAAAUUUUUUUUAAAGACUGUAUUGGCAUGUGGCUAGAAGCUGAGCCUUUAGUCUAGUCCCAAUUAACAACAGACUGAAGCAGUCUGUAUAUACUGUAGUAGCAGACUUAACUUAUUCAGAUUUAUAAUGCUGUUUAUUCUUGGAGAUCUGGCACAAGAAAUUAUUACAAAGCUUUCUAAAGAAGCUGUUCUGCAAUUUAACUAUCAAACAUUCAUCUCUGCUUUCUGUUCCUGCUAAAAAGGGUAUCAUUCUGGGCAUUAAGGAUAACAGUGAAAUACUUCUUUUGAAGAUUAAAUGUAUACCUGAUGCUUUGUAUGAGUCCUACUACUGCAAUAGGUGGGAACUGUACAAAGUUCCAUCAACUUGAGAGAUUCUGCUAUUUCUAGAGGAAUUUCCCAGCUUCAUCAUUUGUGGAACUAUUAACUUGUCCACUUCACUGGGUGUAUUGUCCCAUUGAUUAGGUUACCCAAAGAAUGAGAACUUCCUGUAGUUACUCAACAGAUGUGCUUUGUUUAUCUAUUCAGAGCGUCUCUGUUGAUUUGAAUGACAAAUAACUUUUAAUCUGAUCUUUUAGUCUUCGUAGCCUUUCUUGAAGGAAGGUGAGUGGAUUCUUUUAUAUUACAUGUCAUCAUCAUCAGAGGUAUUACUGCUCACAAGCCUGAAGUUGGUGUUUUCCUCUAAUGGGAAUGGAAGGCAGAAUUUCUGCUGGAGAUGAUUUCUGGUACUGAUGUGAAUAGGAAGGAACCUCAUGCAAUUCUCCCACAUACCAGCCUGAGGUUAAGACUGGAAACUGAUAAAUAAAUCUUUACCUUUAAACUGACACUUUUAAAAAAGGAAUCAUUGAAAGAUAUCAACAUAGGAUUUGACUGUGUUGUUUUUAGAGUGGCACUGGGGAAUGGGACCACACUUAAAGCUGAUCUCAGAGUUGAAAUUAACUAUAUUAUUUAGAAUAAAAGGUUGACUUGUGCUGUUUGAGCCUGUGACACGUUGUAUUUACUGGUAAAAUAUCCUGGAAUACCUUUUAUUGCUCAGAAUAUUCAGAUAUGUCACUUCAUGAUAUUGAUAUGCAAUAUAUUUCCAUAGAUAAGAUUAGAACUUCUACCAUGAAACAGAUGACUACAAUAGUAAUUCAGAUUAUUUAGUUUUUAUAAAGUGUUUUGGUUAUGAUGGAAAGGGGGAAACUUGGCUGCAAAACUGAGCAUUCAACUUUGUGAGAGUUCUGUGUACUUGACUUGUGUUCUUUCGGUGUCGUUAUUUUAUUUCUUUUUGAAGAGGAAAUUACAAAGAUUUAUUUGAAAAAUUCUAAAAGUUAUGUAUAUUAUAUAUGUGUAUAUAUAUUGUAAACAUGUAUUAAAUGUGUCUAGUAAGGGAAGACUCCAUGGGUGCAUUUUAAUGUUUUAGUAUUAAGAGUUCUCUUGAGUUUGUGUAUACAAAGGAUAAUGGUGUGAGUAUGAAAUGAAUGUUGUGCUUUUGCUUACACAAUACAAUAUGUAGUUACAGUUGUUUAAAUUGCUGUACAUAAAACUAAUAGGCUGGCAUGCUUGUUUUUAAAGACUGUCAUUCUGAUUACAAUUGGAAUGUAAGAAGUAGCUGUUCAAAUGUGAAUUGAGAGAUGCUUCCUUCUCACUAUUGAGCUCUUGCUCAAACUGAAAAGUGAUUUUUCUAAAAGCUGGCAAUAGCUAGAGGAUGAGGUGCCUUUAAAAAAACAAAACAAAACAAAUGUAGCCUUACAAAGAGGUUGUGGAGUUACAUAUAUUUUUGUGCUGGUCUUCAUACUAGAUGUCAAUGUCUUUUUACUGUACUUGCUCACAUCCUUGUAGGACUGCAGGGUAUUGUGCAUGAGCCUGUCAGAUCUUCUGAACAUCAUCGUAGGAGUUAGGGAUGAAAAAAUUAUUUAGGUUAUCUAGUCCAUCUGCUUGCUAAAGCAGGGUUGUAGACUUGUGCAUUUUAAGAUUGUCUUGGCCAGUGAGGUCUUAUAUAUGUUCUAAACAAUUAGGAUUCCAUUUGAAGAUUAUUUCAAUGAUUACGUCUCACUGACAGGAGGAUUUGCAUGAUGUUUAGUAGUUCUUUUUUGUAACUUCAUGCCAGUAUUCCAAGCCACAUUUGUGCCAUUUUACAUAUUCCUCAUCAUCUUUGUGAUUUGGUUCCUGCAUGCACGAAUUGGUUCUAGCUGUGUAUUUCCAUUUCUUUCCAUUUUUUUCAAGCUAUUUUUUUAGACUACUCUUUUUAAACAACUUUUUCUUGGUUUUGUCUUUUUAGCUCAGUUCUCCAUAUCUUGGUGCCCACAAAACCAUUCCACAUGCAUGAUUUGUUGGACUUGGUCUGAAAGUCAUCUAGUAAAUGUGGGUUUUGUUUGUGACUUUCCUCUGUAACAUGAUGCUUUUGUGUAGGAAGACCAAACUUUUGGUCUUCUGGCUAGUGUCUUACAAACCUAAACCAUCUAUCUUUAUUUCUGGCAACUGUUUUAAAUAACUCUGAACAUUUUUGCUUCUCAAGUUUCUUCUUCAUGUUAGGUUGUUAUGAUUCUUUUGCAGCUAGAUACUUAAUUCCUGUUUGAUCAUUAUCCUGGGUUUUACAAGCUUUGAACUUCUCAUUUUUAGGGCACUAAAUCAUUUUUACUUUUUCCCUUUUAUGUGCAGUUUUUUGUGGUUCAAUAUAAUUGGUAUCUUUCUUGAAUGUGAUACGUGUGUCUAUUGAAGUUGUAAAAAAAACCACCCAAAACCCUGGACCUAAGGCUUAUUCUUGUAAAAAAGACUUUUUGUGCAACAUCAGUGUAUGGCAUUGUACCAUUAUGUUUUUCCCAUGUCUAAUUUACAUGGUACAUUUUUUAAUGGUUAACUCAUAUAAUUUUUGGUGUAUGUUAGCCUGUGCUACUGAUUUUGGUUUUACUAACUACUUUAAUGGGAGAAUUUUCAGUCCUUCUGUACGGUGAAAAUUGGUCCACUAGGUUUAAAUACUCUCAUUUUUAUUUCUAAUUUACUUCACUGUGCUGUUUGCUUUCACAUACUUGAUUCAGUUACCAAAAUGAUUUGUAAUAGCCUGGAAGAAGCUCUAGAUAUAAUUAUAUUGUGGAAAACAUUGUCUUCACUCUUACAAAAUGCUAGUCUCUGCAUUUAUUUUUGUGCCUCAAAGACAAAAUUUUUGACAUACAAAGUCAAAGAUUUUAUUACUUCUAAGAAAAUAAUCCAAUGAAUAUUUUGGGAUCUCAUUCAUCUUUAUUUUGAUAAAAAUAUGUUCUUUAGCAAGAAGCCUGUAGAACUAUAUGCCAUGUACUGUAGGUUAUUUUUUAGACCAUAUGUUUUGAAAUAAUGUUAGGUUAAAACAGUCCCAUAUGUAAUGUAUUUGAGUGUGUGAUGUUCACCGUACAGCUUUGUGAUUAGGUCAUGCCAACACCGUUUUGCAGUUAUGAAUUCAAACUAACCAGGAACUUGUCCUUUUGAAUAAAUGUGUAAGAGAGAAAAGGACUUAGCUACACCACCUUUUUUAGUACACCUGUUCGAUCACAGAUGUGUCCCCUUUCCCCACCUCCUUCUUAACUUUUUACCAAUGUAAUUUUGGGGAGCAGCAAUUUCCAUAAACUGAUGUGUCAUUUGAGCAGUGUUUGAUUGGCGGAAGUAUUAGUCCAUCCCAAAGGAAACAAAAAAUCGAAAAGCAGGCGUAACCAGUAAGCAAGUUUUGGAUUUUCUUAAAAUGCCUUUCAAGAUGUUUAUUUGAAAGCAUUUGCAGGCUGUGGUUUGGCAGUGUCUUUGCAGACUGUCCUAGGGAGCCUACUUGACACUUGAGUUAAAUAUCUAGUAAAACUUGUAAAAACUAGUAACAAGGGCUGAGUUAAGGAAGAAAAUUGCAGCCAUUGUAGUUGUCCCUGUGCCUGUACAAGAGACUACAUCAGUGUUCUCCUUGGAGUCCUCUUUGCUGAAGCAUCAGGUUUGCAAUCUGAAACAAUAUCUGCAGCGUAGGAGUAUGUGCAAAUGAGAUUAUUUGUAUUUUCACUUUAGAGAUCUGUAGGCAGCGGUCAUUUGUUUGUGUCUUUCCUCUGUGACACGAUGCUUUUGUGUAGGAAGACCACAAGUUUGGUCUUGUGUGCUGAACAGCAAGGGAAGCAGGGAGACCAUUUGCUGAACUCUGUAGGGGAUAAAUAGGUUAAAUGGCCAGAACCAAUGUACCCUCCAUGUGCCUGGUGUCAUCGUGGAAGAAUCUGCCUGGGAAGAAGUGCAGAGUUUUUCCCGAUAGUAUCGCAGAGGAAAACAUUAAAAGGUUAGAUUUAAAAGUUUAGUGAGGCUCUCCCAUUCUUCAGAUUUAUUAAUUCAUCCACUGUUGCAUGUUGUAUGAAAGAUAAAUCUAGUAAAUACCCAGAUUCCAAGUGAAGCACUGUUGUGUCAAAAGUGGAGAUUGUUCAAAUUUCAGAAUUAUGGCACUUUAGAUGAGGAGAUGACAAGAGAUUUGUAAUUAUUACUUAAAUUCUAAGAACAGAAUUUACUCUUCUGCUAAUAUAGUUGUCAUGUUGGGGACCCAAUUAUGCGAAGGUGAGUUCCUCAGACACUGUAGUGGGACUACUCUUUUGCUUCUGCAUGAAGAUUUAUUUAAAAACAAAAUUGCAGGACUGAGACUCUGUCUAAUGAUGUCUGUUAGUAUUGAACCAAAGCCACGAAAUUUGGGAAGCAGAGUAAAAUGUUAGGCUUGUUUCUCAUUUUUCUUGCCUUUUUUUUUGCUUAAGCCAUUAUCUACAUAUUGGUAUCUAUUACAUACAGUGUCAUCUCUGUGACUGACUUCACCGUAAAAAGCCCAUUCUGUAAGAAGUACUCCUUCAGUACCUUCUCAUACUAAUGAGAUGUGAAUGGGACCAGUGGUUCCAGGCAGUUUGUGACUUAGCGUGUAUGUCUUUCAGUUUUCUAAUGAGUGAGCUGAUAAGAUUCAUAAAAAGUAAUUGUGAAAACAUGAUGCUGCUUAUAAUGCAGCAUUUAAAAACGUUCUGAAAUUUUUGGCUCUUUAGUGGAAAUUGUUUUGCAUUACACUGUUAAAUAAAUCAGAAUAUGAGAGUAAAGCACUUACAUAUGGUAAAUCGGUCUGUAUAAGACGUUGCAAUCUUUGACAUGGUAAUUUGGGGUUUCUUGGGUGUCUGCUGAUGGUGAGUGUCUUAGGAGUGCUCAGUGUAGCCUUUAGUGUGGAGUGAUAGAGAGGAAGCAAAGAUUUCCCUGAAAAAACUACUCAGAUGUUUCAGGAAGCUUCCUUUUUCCAUAAGGACCUGAAGGCAUUGAGAAUAUUUUGUCUAAUGUUUAGUUGAAGAUGGUUAUAAUACGUGAGAGUCUGGACUCUUCCCAUUGGCAGUGUCUUUAAGCUGAGAGACAGACAACAUUACUGAAACGAGUGGCUUGUAAACUGCUAGUCAAAAUCCCUGCAAUUUUUCUACUGAGCAGCAGAGAAACUGACGAAAACCACAGUGUUAAUCCAUCCAGUUAUAUGGGGGGUGUUUUAGAAGAAAUAAUCUCUAUUGCAAAAGAUAGAAUUACGUACAACAGAGGAAAGAAACAAACACCUGGGUGGGGGGGAACGGGGCAACUAGGGUGACCUUUAUGUAAAUAGUCCUUGCUCAGGCACGUGCUCUUGUUCCGCUGGUGGGACAAAUGCCAGGAGGGAGAAUGGUGGGAAGUAAGACCUUUAAAUGCUGUCUCUGCCUGUGCUAAUGAAUAUACCUGUUGUGCAGGUUAUCUGUCCUUUUGAUAUCUGUUAAUUAUUUUCCCACUUAAAUCCUCCUUUAGGCUGUAUUUUCUGAGAAUCUUAGAAUCUCAUCUGCAGUGGAGUCUCAUUGCAGGGUAAAUUCCAUAAAGGACUAUUGAUUUUUUUUCUUAGAGUGUCCUUUGAAGGGUAAUGGGGUUUCAUCUUCAGCCCUACACCACCACCACCAAAAGUGUGAUUUGUACCUCCUUAUUUCCAGUUCAUUUAAUUCUACUGAGUUGUCUCUUGCCCUACCUGCUGACUUAAUUUUCUGCUCUGUAGUUUAUUGUGAAAACUUAUGAAGUGCUGUAUCAUUGAAGAGUUUUUGAGCAUCUGAAUUCCACUACAGAAGGUGCAAAUCCAGUUGAAUAGUACAAUCUGUGGGGAUCAACUGGUCCAUUGUCAGGAGAGGUGUGUUGCUAGAUUCCAAAAUCCAAAUUAUGCUGAGCUAAAAAAGCGUUUAAUAAUAAUAUGCUUUUUAGCCCAACUGGCUUCCUGGUUAAGUCUGGGUUGUGGCAUUGUGUGUUAAACUAGUUUCACCCUACUCGUGCUGCCGUGCCCUGCUGGGAUCCUAGGAGAUCACGCUCACGUUUAAGCCAUGCCUGCGCAUGUGUAUUUUAAGCUGCUCCAAGCCUUGUGUUGACAUGGUCUGCAAGCCCAGUCUACUUUCAUUCCCUCAGUUUGAAUUGCAGGCUCCCAAAAUUACUUCCUUGCUAUUUCAAGAAACCCUUGGUCCUCACACCAGAGUAUUAGACCGGGACGUUGAGAAAAGAUUUAUGCAGCUGGAUUCGUACUAUUCUGAAAGGGAAGGGAUAACUUGUUGCCAAGCCAAAUAGUUUCAUUAUUUUUGGAUUACUUACUAAAAGCAGCCAAAAACAUUGUAUAAGGGAAAACUAUGGACUUCAAGCUAAUAUUUUUCCAUUAAGAAUUUAUUUUUUUAUUCUUCCUGUCAUCAAGAUAUAGUGCUUUCUGAAUGUAGCUUGUUUUCAGAUGUACAGUUCUUAGAAUUGUUUCCUUGCAGUCAGACAUUUACAAACACACAUAGCUUUUUGAAAACCAUCUCAUAUGUGUUAGCACUUUUUCUGGAAAUGCAAACUGAGCAUGUUAGCUACUAAUUUCUUGUACCUUCAUAGCCCAAGCAGACUGAAAAGCAGUCGUUUGCUAUGUUUUCCUUGAAUCAUGCAUCUGAAAAAACUUGUAGAAGAAAAUCCAUGAUGAGAAGACUAUUGUUGCUGUAAGACUUUUCUGUUGACGUUUGUCAGCAUAUCAACUACCUGCAUUGUAUUUUGUCUAAAUAUCUCCAACUGAUUUCUUUUAAAAGAAACUGUCAGGUUAAAAAAGACAGUUUUCUUUGCCUUAUGAACCAUAGUUUGGAUUUGUUGUUAUUUAUAUUAAUAUACCUUUUUUUUUUUUUUUUCCUCUCUACAAGAAUAACUAUUGAACUUAGAAUUACCUGACAGUUCUCUUGUGGAGAAGAUACCACAGGUGAUAACCACUUAAAUGUUAGUAAUUACAGUUGCUCCUCUUCUGUUUUGGGUCAUUUCCAUGACAGAUAGUUGAUAUGAAAAGGCUACUGUGACUGAUAAAUAAACAGCUGAAGGAAGCUAAGACUCCCCUUCAGAACUACGCUGAGGUUAUGAUUUUGCACGCCAGUUUUGAAUGACUACUUUGAAAUAAUGUUGGGCUUCAAGUGUCUUGAGAAGUGGUGGAUCCAAAUGAGAAAUGCCUAUUUGUUGAUAGUCUGCUUCUCAGUUUGUGUAUGGCUCAGUACAAGGCUGUUUUAGAAUUUCGGUGCCACCAAAUGACCUUGUUUAAAUGCUACUGUCAUACAAAAGUGAAUGCUAAUUUAAAUGAGAUUUUCUGUUCUCUAACUUGGGAAGGAAGUAGUUUUCUUGGGAUUAAGGAUCCAUAAAUUUCACAUGUUUGAUGAUUUCAGAAAGGCUUCUUAAUCAUGGGACAUAAGAAAACUGAAAAAGUGAUUUGUCUUCCAAAGAUUUAAUAAGCGUUUAUUAUAAAAAGUAGAAAAUUUUGCUUUAAAUGAAAGUGCUUCUUCAAACACUUAAUAUUAAACUUCUUACUAAAAUUCUGUAUUUUAUAAUCCUGGAUGAAUAUCUAAAAUGGCAAAUACAGAAAAUUCAGAGGGAAAUUAUUUUGAAAUACACUAGUAUAUUUUUGAUCUUCCCAGUUGCAGCCCUGGAUUUUCUCUUUUUCACUGCAAUUCGUAUUUUGUGAAACUUCUUGGACAGGUUAUAUUUAAAGCUACGUUCACUUGCCUGAAUAAGCCAAGUAAAUAUUUUGCCAUUGAAACGAUAUAGAUGUGCUUCUGUGAGUGUGCCGUUUGAAACGAGAGCAGAGGGAGGUGGUGGCGCAGGUGUUUGUAUGGCAGUGGUGAGGUGGGGUGGCCAUGUGCUGUGCUGAGCGAAAUCACAUGGACUUCCAGAAAUAAGCAAUGGUUUUUCAGAGCAGCUUUAUUUAAUGUUACAGCAGCAAGUGUCAUUUGUACCAUAUAAUUAUGUAAAUUGGGUGCUAAUAAAUACUAUUUUUCAACAA